GACCAAAUCUAACCCGGUUAGUAUAUCGGACCGUGUCGUGUACAGAAUUCACAUACCUUUUAAAAAUUCCUCAUUUUUCAUCGUCUCUUUCACGUAAUUAAAUUCAAAAUUCGAUCUCUGAUUUCUCAAAAUUCUUUCCUAUCUCUUAGAUCCAACCAUCAAUCGUUUCAAUUCGCGUCAUCCUCUUUCGAUUGAUAUCAGCCGUUAUUUUACAAUUUUCUAGGGUUAGGGUUUCUCAUCUCGAUCUCAUCAAGACCUCUAAUCUCUCGAUCCUUUACGCUUUUGUAAUCGGUCUCGUGUGUAAAGUAAUUUCCUUAUAAAAUUGAAUUCCAAUUUUGUUGAUUAUUGUAAUUACCUUUGGGGUUUGGAUUUCAAAGUCUUCGAUCUGUUUCAAGUUUACUCAAAUCUGUUAAUAAGUUUAGGGGUUUUGCUCCUUUCGUUAUCGGGUGUCUGUAUCUUCCCUUUUUUCCCCGUAAUUUUGCGGUUUCAUUGGUGAACAUAAAAUCUAGGGUUAGGGUUUUUUUCCUUCUUUUUUUUUGUAAAAUUGUCCUAGGAGUUCGUGUCCACACAUCAUUAAAUCAUCUUUGGAGUAUAAUUGAGUGUCCUUUACGGUCAAAUUGUCUCGUUCUGUUCUGGAGUUUGAAUUCAACUUAUUGUAAAGGCUUAAAUGGGAUUUAAACGGCCUUUUGACUAUGAAGAGUUUCAGGAUCUUCCUUUUAAGCAGGCAAGACAGGUGGACUAUUGCAAUAAGUUGACUCAAUUUUCAGAAACUGGCGCACAUAGUUAUAUGCCUCUGAAAUCUGAUAUCACAGAUGAUUGUGGGAGCAGCUUUGUCAAACCUCUGAGGCAUGAGACAUUUGAUAAUGACAAAGUCAUUGAAGUUUCAAAUUUGGCUAAAGAUUCUGACUUCAGUGCUCCGUUGUCAUUAGUCACCUGCAGUUCCAGCGAUGAAAAUUUUGGGUCCGGAAUGGCAGCUUCUCCUGAAUAUUUUCAGUUUGAGUUUCCACGGAAAAUGUCCAUGCCUUUAAAGGAUGUCCACUCUUUCUAUUUGGAUGACUUUCCUAGGAAACAGGUUCCUCUUGGACCAAAUCAUCAAGCCAGCAUUCCAUUUUGGGACAAUCAUAUAAAGAAGGAUAAGCUAGUACAGUUUUUCAAUCCAAACAGUUCCUCAUUGUCUGAAUCAGACCAUCACAUUUAUAAUGACAAUGAAGAGAAGCUGAUGGGCACUUGUAUUAUUCCAAUGCCUGAUACAGAACUGCAACUGUGCAGUAGGUAUGAGGCUGGUUUUGGCAGAUCGGACUGUGGCUGCCUGGAUGAAGGCUCUUUCAGAUGUGUGCGGCAGCACAUAAUGGAAGCACGAGAAGAAUUAAUAAAAUCCAUUGGGCAUGAAAAAUGUGUAAACUUAGGGUUUUAUGACAUGGGAGAGGAGGUGGCAUGUAAAUGGACCAAGGAAGAAGAACGUGUUUUUCAUGAAGUUGUUUAUUCCAGGCCAGCGUCCUUGGGCCAGAACUUUUGGAAGCACCUGGCGCAAGUGUUUCCUGAUAGAACCACAAAGGAAAUUGUCAGCUAUUACUUCAAUGUCUUUAUGCUUCGGAAACGAGCUGCUCAAAACAGAUCUAACCCACUGGACAUUGACAGUGAUGAUGAUGAGUUUCCUCAGAUCCACAGAGGCUCCCAUAUUCAAGUUGUAGAAGAGGAUGAAGAUUCUGAUCUUGAGUCUCCUGUUGAUCAGUAUGAUCAUGCGGGCCUGGAAGAGGAUAUUCUUGAAGAUGAUGACAAUGACGACGAUGAUGGUGGUGGUGACUUUGAUGGUGAUUUCGGAGAUUGUGAUGGAGACACCACAGGAGAAGGUUCUGGGAUAGAUUAUUCGGAAGCAAUUGAUAUAAACUGUAUUGAUCCUGUUGUUAAGCACAUGAACAAGAAUGCUGGUAGUGAUGGGUUGGAUUUCACUGUUCAAGAUGACUCUUGCAUGUCUUUUGAGUUCCAAGCCGAUAAAGUUGACCCUUGUGCUCCAGGUGAUUCCAGGGCUGCUUUGCAUGUAAAUAGAGGUACGAGUGACCAUAGCAAAUGCAUGCCCAGUGAAGUAGAUGGAUGUGAUGAUGAUGUGGAUCAGGUAUACUUGUUGGACCCGUCUGAUACCAAAGAUUGGGAUGUACGUUACUUGAGUCCAAUUAGGGGUGUUGAUCUUCUUCCUACAAGUAACAUCAUUGAAGAAAUAUUUGGACAAGGGGCCUGUGAGGACCGGACAAGAGAUGUCAAUAGCAUCAGCUAGUGCAUCUUUCAGAUAGUUGCCAGGCAUUUUAGUUUACAAAAUGUCCAUUCACUGUGGAGGCCAGGAUCCUGGUGCUUUUCUUUGUAAGAAUGUCUUUCAAGAUUUCUAAUUUCUAGAGAAUUGGAGCAUUUCCCCCCAAAUAGGCCAAAAAGAAAUUGAAAAAAAGAGAAGAAAAGUUUUGGUUUUU